AAAAGAAAAAAAAAAUUCCAACCGAAGGUCAACGUGAGAAUAAAAGCAAGUCAUCGGAGUUCUCUUCACGGUGGGUCUUCCAACGAAAUUACAUCGAAAUCAAAACACUAUUAUAUACUACAAAAACCAAUUCCACUUCUCUUCAUUCUUCUUCUUCUUCUUCAGAUUCAGAUCGCAGAGAAACACAUUCCACUUUGACACAACGAUAAGAAAAUCAAUAUGGAAGGUGAAUUUUGCGAGUGCAGGCCAUUGGGUUUCGUGAUUGGAUUACCCUUCGCUCUUGUUUCUUUGGUCUUUUGUCCUGUGGGUGCAAUCAUGUGGCUUAUUGGGUCAAUAUUGAGUUGCUUGUGUUCAUGUUUCAAAGGCUGCGGAGAAUUGGCCAAAGUGGGUGUGAAUCUUGUAAAGCUUCCAAUUCGAGUUCUUAGAUGGUUCAUUGACCAAAUUCCUUGCUAGGGCCUAGGGGUCUUUUCAUAGUAAUUAGUUUGGUGUACUUCACUUUUUCAGGGACUGCUUUGUUAUAUUUGUUUCAUUCUUUCUAGAGGAAUGUUAGUUAUAAUUCUUAAAUAUUUUUUUGACACAUUAUUUUUUAUUGAGUGUGAUAGGAUUGGCCUAGAAAGGUUUAAUAUGUGAAUUUUAUAGAGUAGAUGAUUAAGAUAUUAUCCUUUUAAUAUUGUCAACUGUUUUCCAUUAGGAUUAUUAUUUAAUGUAAUAUUUACACUCCAUGGAAUGUGAAGUUUAUUUUUGUUA